GCUCUGGCGGGCUCGGGGACGGCGCUGACUGCCCCGGAGCUUGGCCGCGGCGAGCUCCGGGCCGGGCCCUCUGUCGGGUCCGCCUGAGCGUUACCAGCUCCGGUGAGGGGCUGGAGGCGGGAGGUGGGGGUGGCAUGAUCCUUGUCAGGCCUCUCAUGCUUCAGAGUGCAGAACACGAAGCUGUACCUGGCCGCGUUCGCCGCUGUCCUGGGACCGCUCAGCUUUGGCUUUGUGCUGGGUUAUAGCUCGCCUGUUAUUCCAGAGUUGAGGAAAAUCAACGAUCCUAAGCUAAGAUUGGACAGCAGCCAAGCCUCGUGGUUUGGGUAGUAACAUUAGGAGCUGCUGCUGGAGGAAUACUAGGAGGCUAUCUUGUGGAUAAAGUUGGGAGAAAGCUGAGUCUAAUGCUGUGCUCAAUACCAUAUGUUUUUGGAUAUGUAGUUAUUAUAUCUGCUCAGAAUGUUUGGAUGCUUUAUUUUGGACGAGUGCUGACAGGCUUGGCCAGUGGAAUUACUUCACUUGUUGUUCCGGUGUAUAUAUCUGAAAUAUCUCAUCCUAAAGUCCGUGGUAUGCUUGGCUCUUGUGUUCAGUUGAUGGUGGUGACUGGCAUACUGGGAGCCUAUGUUGCAGGAAUUACACUAAAAUGGCGCUGGCUGGCAGUGUUGUGUUCUUUUCCAUCCUGCAUAAUGCUGCUGUUCAUGUCCUUCAUGCCUGAAACACCGCGAUUUUUGCUGAAUCAGAACAAACACUCAGAAGCCAUAGCUGCUUUGUGUUUUUUGCGGGGACCACAUGUGGACCAUGCCUGGGAAUGCAGGCAGAUUGAAGCUGGUGUUCAGGAGGAGGGACUGAGUCUCUCAGAAUUUAAGAACCCCUCAAUCUACAGGCCACUUCUUAUUGGUGUGGCUCUAAUGUUCUUCCAGCAAGUAACAGGCAUUAAUGCAGUUAUGUUUUAUGCAGAAACUAUCUUUGAAGAUGCAGGCUUCAAGGACAGCAGAAUGGCUUCUGUUGUUGUGGGUUCUAUACAAGUAUGUUUCACUGCUGUGGCUGCACUUAUCAUAGAUAAAACUGGACGAAAAGUGCUGCUUUACAUAUCUGGGAUAAUCAUGGCUCUCAGUACAGCAUUGUUUGGGCUUUACUUUAAAAUCAUCCUUCUAGAUCGAAACAACUCAUCAAAUCCUGAUGUGUGGUUCACUCUAAAUUCAGCAUCCCCGGGAACAGAAAGUAGCAUCUCCUGGCUUGCAGUAGUGAGCCUAGGGCUCUUUGUCGCUGGUUUUGCCCUUGGCUGGGGUCCUGUUCCAUGGCUGGUGAUAUCUGAAAUCUUCCCACUUAAAGCUAAAGGCAUAUCGAGUGGUGCUUGUGUGUUAACAAACUGGAUUAUGGCCUUCUUGAUAACCAAAGAAUUUAAUGAUUUUAUAGGUUUCUUAACAUCUUAUGGCACAUUCUGGCUCUUCUCUGCCUUCUGCUGCCUCAAUGUAAUUUUUACAGCCUUUUAUAUUCCUGAAACAAAAGGACAGACCCUGGAACAAAUUGAGGCCUACUUCAGAAGAUCUUAAGCCUGAGGCUUUUUAUAUUGAUAUGAAACAUUCAUAUGAGUUCUGGUGCUAUGGUUGAAACUAACUGCAUCACAUAGCAGACAUCUUAGUUACUAAACUUGCUACCAAAUGAUUUUAAUGAAUUUUGUAAAAUCUGAAUUCUGUUUUUUAAAAAAGUAUCUAUGGGGGUCUGCAUACAGUUCUGCAUAUUCCCUGUAGCAAAUCUCCUCAGUGCAGGUUUGGACAUAUUCUUUUUCUUAGAUUCCUGUGUUCUUUUCACCUGGUGCAGACUGACUGUAAUGGCCAAGUAAGAAUGUUAAAUAUAUUGGCCAGUAUCUUUUUUCUAAGAUGUAAAUUCAAGUCUAAUUUUGUAAAUAAAUAAAUUUCCCUGCUACACUUUA